GGCUGAAGCGGAUCCACGUGCUGACGGUGCAGGGCAGCUACGAGCUCCGCAUCGACCUGGAGGACUUCGACAACGGCACCGCCUUCGCCCACUACGGCAGCUUCGGCGUGGGGCUUUUCUUCGUCGGGCGCGGCGAAGACGGGNCCCCCCUGGCAGGCGACUCCUUCCUGAAGCACAACGGGAUGAAGUUCACCACCAAGGACCUGGACAACGACCACUCGGAGAACAACUGUGCGGCUUUCUACCAUGGCGCCUGGUGGUACCGCAACUGCCACACCUCCAACCUCAACGGGCAGUACCUCAAGGGCCACCACAGCUCCUAUGCCGACGGCAUCGAGUGGUCUUCCUGGACCGGCUGGCAGUACUCCCUCAAGUUCACCGAGAUGAAGAUCCGGCCCAUCCGGGAGGAGAAUUAG